AUGAUGGCAUGCCGAGGGUCGUGCUGCUGCUUGGGUCUGGGCUCUGCGAGCGAGGACACGGCGCGCUUCGCCAUGCUGGCGCUCCUCAUCCUGGUGUACCUGCUGUGCGGCGCCGCCGUGUUCUCUGCGCUCGAGCGGCCGGAGGAGGAGCAGGCCAAGGGCCGCUGGGCGCGGAGCUUCGACCUCUUCAUCCGCAAACACAACGUCAGCCGCAGGGAGCUCGAGGGCUUCCUCAGGGAGUACGAGGAGGCCACCGGGGCUGGCAUCCGCGUGGACAGAGCCAGGGCUCGCUGGGAUUUCCAAGGAGCUUUCUACUUCGUGGGUACCGUUGUGUCCACUAUCGGGUUUGGGAUGACCACGCCAGCCACGGUGGGAGGCAAAAUCUUCCUGAUUUUUUAUGGACUAAUCGGCUGUGCAGCCACCAUCCUGUUUUUCAACCUGUUUUUGGAAAGAAUUAUAACAGUGCUUGCGUUCGUGUUGAAGUCGUGCCACGAAGCCCAAUAUCGGAGGAAAGGCGUGCUACCUCACGACAGCAGGCACAAGGUGGGUCAUGUGAGGCAGCACGGUGAGGACAGUCUGGCGGGAUGGAAGCCGUCAGUCUACUGUGUGAUGCUCAUUCUCUGUGUGGCAGCCGUUAUUAUAUCGUGCUGCGCCUCUGCCAUGUACUCCUCAAUGGAGGGCUGGGGAUAUUUGGACUCUCUAUACUUCUGCUUUGUAGCGUUCAGCACAAUCGGCUUCGGGGACAUGGUGAGCGGCCAGCGCGUUGCAUAUAACAACCAGACUCUGUACAGCCUGGGCAAUUUUUUCUUCAUCCUCAUGGGUGCUUGUUGUAUUUACUCGCUCUUUAACGUCAUAUCCAUCGUCAUCAAGCAGGUUCUCAACUGGCUUCUAAAGAAGCUCGAGAUACCGUGCCGCCACUGCCCGGGAAGGAACCUGCGUCCGAGAAGGAACGCCAUAAUGCCUGGCCACUUCCGCACCAGAGUCCGGAACAUCUCCAUAGACACUGACGCUGUUAACGAGAGCGAAACAGAUGGCCGCAGAAUGUCUGGGGAGAUGAUCUCCAUGAGAGACUUUCUAGCUGCUAAUAAAGUCAACUUGGCCAUCAUGCAGAAACAACUGUCUGAGACGGCCAACGGGUAUCCACGACCACCCGGCUCUGUGAACCGACACGAUGAAUUCUCCGGAGGAGUUGGAGCUCUGGGAAUCAUGAACAACAGACUAGCUGAGACAAGUGUAGACAGAUAA